AUGGGGGUGUGGAUGCCCAUCGAUCGGGCGCUGUGGCCGUUGCCGUGCAGCACAAGUUGCGAGAAGAAGAAGAAGGAAGAGAGAAAGAUGGAGAGGAGGAUGGAGGCAGUGCGCUUUCUGCAGGCGGAGCGAGCGGACUGCGCGGGGAGCACGAGGCACGACGCGGUGUGGACUGCUGCGUUGUGGAGACGGGGGGAUAGAGACGCGGUGGACGUGGAGGCGAGUGGACGGACGGGUUGUUUGGGCCGUAGCGGCUGCGACACGGGCAGUGCCGUUCGGUCGAUGACGCCAGAGGAGAUCGUCAGCAUGUUGCUAGAGGACGCUGUGGAUGAACACGAGGCGGAGGAAGUGGCGGCGAUAGUGUCAGGACCUGUCGCGGGUUCGUGGAACGAUGCCGUCGUGCAGUCGCUUGCAGCGUGUGGAGGUACAGGAGCUCAUGAUGUGGACGUGGGGCUGUUGAUGGACACGUCAAGUGCAGGAAAUCGGGAGCACGUUGCUGAUGGACGAGCGACGUGCGACUGGAUCGAUGCGCUGGAGGUGGACAACAUGCCGUUGUUGCUGUCGGAGCUCGAGCUGGCACAAAGGAUACCGCCGGCGACGACGACGACGCACGCGGCGGCAAGUGCUGCUUCGAACGUGGACGCGCGGGUCUUUGUGCCGGCUUUCAGGGUGCAGAUCGAGGGCGGCUACCAGUCCCGACGACAUCGUCCUGUAGUCGGACCUGACAGCACCGAUCUGCUCGUCGGUCCGCCUGGCGUCAUGUCGAGUUUGUUGGUCGGCAAAGAGCGUGUCGGUCGGUCGAAGUGCAAGCGGCCGCUUGUCGCCACGCAGGUGGUGGACCCGUUGGUGUCCCACGCCCGACGCGCUAGUGCGGCGAAGCGUCAGCGCGUGAAGGGCCGCUUUGUCCGUGACGCGCACACGUUCGUUUCGAUCACUGCGCUCCAGCGGUAA